AUGCAUUUACUUGAGGGAUUUUACAUGAUUCCUUUCUAUUUACUCUAUUCGGAGUUAUAUGGAAACAUAAAUGAGAAAACAUUGGACAAGCCUAAGCAGUUUAGCUCAUUUGCAAAAUGCACUACUAUUGAAGAGAAACUGUUGGCUCUAAAGCCAAAGAAUCUGGAUUUUGUUCAAGCUGUUGGACUUCCUCUUACAAUUGAGAGAGCCUAUGAUGGUUUAGAAGGACUGGAUUUUCUGCUGACAAGUGUUUGGUACCUCAAUAGUCGCGCUGCUACUUCAAGCACAGGAAAACUGGAGCUAAUGAAGAGCUUGGGAGCUGAUUUGGCAGAGAAAUUCGAUGUAGUUUAUGAUGCAGUACGGAAAAAGCCAAAUAAUGACCAUGAGCAUGGAGAUGCAUAUCAGGCAGCAAAAGUGGAAUUUUUCAGAGUAUUUUCCCUGGUAAUAUCUCGAGGAUCAGUGGUCAAAAACAGUUUGGUUGGUUAG